AGCGUCCGGCAGACACACUGGACACGAGCUGACCCGAGACACAGCGAAGGAGAGAAGCCCAGAGAACCAGCAGAACCAGCAACUCCAGAACACGCAAGCGCUAGGAAUGGACGCCCCAGCACCUGUGGAGAAGAGAGGACCACCGAAGUUCAAGCAGAGGACCACUCGCACCUUCAAGAGCAAGGCUCCCAAACCCGGACAGAAAGGCUUCGGAGACGACAUCCCUGGAAUGGAGGGUCUCGGCACAGACAUCACUGUGGUCUGCCCCUGGGAAGCAUUCGGUGACAUGGAGCUUAGUGAUCUGGCAAAAUUUGGGAUCGUGUAGCACCUCCUGCUCUCUUCCCGAGACCCUCGAUCAGCCAGCAUUACUGAGAAUCACUAGUUUAUAGACUCUCAGCCCGCCACACAGAGGAUGGGACGUCAGGCAAUAAGGAGCGUCUCAGACCUGGAGACCUCAGCAGGAGGAAUCCACCUCACAGUCUCUAAUGUCGUAGCAAAAUACAGAACUAUAUACAAAUCAACUUUACUUUUUUUGAACUGUAAAUAUGAUUUUGUUUGUGUCUGAAUCAGUUCAUCAUGGUUGAUUAAAAACCAUUGAUUUGGCAGUAAAUAAAAAUGUAUUUUCCCAUAAAUCUGUGUGAUGACAACUUUCUCUUUCAAAACCUGUAGAUGGGGUGCAUUAUAAAAAGGUUUCACUUCAUACACUCUCAGGAACGUCCGUAAAUAAAAAGGGUUUUCGUAAAUAUCCACUGGCACCAAUUCACAUAAAAUACAAUCUAGGUAUAUCAAGGUAAAAAUUCCAAUAAGAACAUUUUUAAAUGGUUUAAGUUACCAAAAAAUUAACCAUGGCUUUAUUGUAGUAGGCUAACCUUUUUUUUGGGGGCGUAUUGAUUACCAUUUGUAUAAAUCACAAUUUAUUAGUAGCCUAUAGGUGACAUGUAGUCAGAAAAAUAAUAAAACUGUACUUAAAAACAACCGUUCCAGCACUAAAUUAACCAUGGUUAAACCAAAAAA